AAUACGGUUACUUGACACCCUUUUUGUGUCGUAGUAGCAUCUUGAGUAGCAUGCAGUCUGUGCUUUUGCGGCACAUCGGGGGGAUAAUAUCAGUCAGAAUUAACAGACAUGCCUGUUUGAUGUGUGAUCUUUAAAAUUAAAAGCUCUUACAUCUUAAGUAAACUGCACAAUGGGUAAAAAAGACAGAGGAGAUCGGGGUGAGUUGUUGUAAAGUUGAUUGAACUAGCUGACGUUAGCUUUUGGCUAAAUAUGUGUCAAAGUAAAAUUUGAGCAAAUGCACAAACUUUUUUACUCCACUGAUUUAAAAACAACAUGGUGUAAAAUAAAAAGAUGUACAAUCUGUGGCUUUGAAAUUUUAAAUUGGUCAUAAUAUUGAACACACUGUUUGACCCACUCUGUGUGAUUGCAGACAAAAAGUCCAAAAAGCGUUUCUAUGAGGAAGAAGAGGAUGAAGAAGAGGUGGCAGGCAGUGAGUCUCAGGAGGCCAUACCUGCUGCUGCGGGGAAACAAGUGGAUGAGUCUGGUACUAAACUGGAUGAAUAUGGAGCCAAAGACUACCGAGCACAGAUGAUCCUGAAGAAUGAUCACUCUUCACGCCCCCUCUGGGUGGUAAGACCUGCGUGGAUUACUGACUGACUUAAGAUGGUUGAAAGAUAUUACAAGAAAUGUCAUCAUCAUCAUCCCUGUUUCAUGAUCCCUUUGUUUGACCCUGUUAAGGCUCCAGAUGGACACAUCUUUCUGGAAGCUUUCUCGCCAGUGUACAAGUACGCCCAAGACUUCUUGGUGGCCAUCGCAGAGCCAGUGUGCAGACCGAACCAUGUCCAUGAAUACAAGCUGACAGCCUACUCUCUGUAUGCUGCUGUCAGUGUGGGGCUGCAGACCUCUGACAUUGUGGAGUACCUGCAGAAACUGAGCAAGACUUCAGUACCUGACGGAAUCAUUCAGUUUAUUAAGGUCAGAUUGAGAUGGUAUUUUGAAGAAAGGUUGGGCUGGAAAACUUCCAACCAUGUUAAAGGGAUAUUCUGGCAUAAAAUUAAGAUAGGGUGAAACACACCGUAACACUAAGUUAGACACCCCCUCUAGAGAUAAAUAUGGCCGACCGCUUGCUUCUCUCGUUAUACCAACUUUACCUAACUUCAUCAACAGUACAUAUAGGGUCCCAGCCACUUUGCCAAAUUUCUUUAGCAAAGAGAUUAAACACAACUCACCUACUCUCUUCCAGCAGCCGCUUGUUUGUAGCGAGACCUCAGGCCAGUCUAUUACGGACUACUGUGGGGUGACGCAGCUCAAGGAAGAACAUUUAUGAUCAUUUCUUUAUCAUUUCCUUGAAGUAAUAAUCACCAUAUUAAUCAUUUUGCACUGCAGACACAGUAGUUCUUCUGCCUUAGCCUCUCAGUCUGAUUGCAUUUCCAUGAGGAAAUGAUCAUAAAUGUUCUUCCUUGAGCUGCGUCACCCCACAGUAGUCUGUAAUAGACUGUCCUGAGGUCUCGCCACAAACAGGCGGCUGCUGGAAGAGAAUGGGUGAGGUGUGUUUAAUCUCUUUGCUAAAGAAAUUAGGCAAAGUUAAAAAGAUGUUUGAUGGCCAGGACCCUAUAUGUACUGUUGAUGAAGUUAGGUGCUGUUCCAAGCAUUAUUUGUGGCUAUGGAGUGGCGUUUUGGUUGAGCGCAUGGCUUUCUGUAUUGCUAUUGUGCAGUCGUUACUAAAGUUGGUAAAACUAGAGAAGCAAGCGGUCGGCAACAUUCAUCUCUCGACGGGGUGUCUAACUCGGUGUUACAGUGUGUUUGACCCUAGCUUAAUUUUACGUUGUAAUAUUCCUUUUAAUUUUUAAGUCUUAAAAACAAAACAAAGUCAUUUAGUCAGUGCAUUUAACUCUUGUCUAUUUGCAGCUCUGCACAGUGAGCUAUGGCAAAGUCAAGCUGGUGUUAAAGCACAACAGGUGAAGUCAUUUUAUUUCAACAUCCGUUUCUUCUGUUUUAUGAUCAUUGAUCAUUUCCUUCAGCGCUCCACUGAAACUAUUUGUCUUGCUGCCCUCAGGUAUUUUGUGGAGAGUGCCUUCCCUGAUGUGAUCCAGCGCCUUUUGCAAGAUAACGUGAUCCGUGAAUGUCGUCUUCGCACUGCAGACGGGGCGGAUACAGAGCUCAUUACUGAAGUCAUUCACAGCAAGUCUGCGGUAUGCUGCCCGACAUCUUGUUUAACUAACACACAAACAUAACAAAGAAUGAAUAUCAGCUUUAAGCACUCCUAAAUCCAUUGUUAUUGUAAUCUGAAGAAGAGGUGGUGCUGCAAUGACCACUGGAUAUUAAGAUUUUAUACAUUUAGUAAUAAAAAAUAUUAAAUUUGGCUUCAGGUUUAACUUCCAUACUGUGUCACUCACUUUCUCUGCUCAGUUUUGGACUGUAUCCAGCAUCCUAUCCUCUCAAAAAAGCACAUAAAUCCAAAUAACAGCUCCUAAAAAAAUUAAUCAAUGCACUCUUUAUUAGAAGCUUAAGAAUUUUUUUAACCUGUCAUUUUCAGUACCAUCUAACUGAAGUGAAUGUCAACCAUGAUGUCCUUCUUCUCCUCACAGAUCUCCAAGUCUGUUCAGGAAAAAGGAGGUACUUCUACUGCAGAGCAGCCUGCCGAUGGACAAACUUCAACCCAGCAGGUUCCUGAGGACAUCUUCAGUUACUACGAGCAGAUGGAUAAAGAGGAAGAAGAGGAGGAAGAGACUCAGACUGUGUCCUUUGAGAUUCGCCAGGUAAACACUUCUGAUUUCACCUUUUACUUGCUGUUUUGCUGCGGCACACUCAAUAUCUCUGCUGCUGAUAAAAGUUAAGAAUCAAGUACAACAUUUCCAUCCUUUUGUAAUAUUUUUAUGCAAUUGUCCAGAUACUAGACCAUUUGAGGACUUUUGCUUGGUCUAACAAGUCCUCAAAGUUCAGAUAUUUGAUUUACAUCUGUGCCUGAAGGAUGGGAAAUUAAGAUUACACCUUUAAUGUAUUCUUUGUUAAAUGUUACUAGAAGGUACGAUUAUGGAUUAUUUGUGGUUAUUAAACAAAAAAACAUUUGAGCCAGCUGGCUUCUACAGUAAAAAAAUAAAUAGAUUGGGUGUUUUCUCACUUGUCUCUUAAAGUCAUCAUUAAGGGUCUGUGGCUUUUGUUAAAUCAAAAGCCAAAUUUAUCUUGAGUGUCCUGCUCACUUCUGUUGUAUCCUGCUCUCACCCGGUGCAGGAGAUGAUUGAGGAGCUACAGAAGCGAUGUAUCCAGCUGGAGUACCCCCUCCUGGCGGAGUACGACUUCCGCAAUGACACGGUCAAUCCCGAUAUCAACAUAGACCUGAAGCCCACCGCUGUGCUGCGACCCUACCAGGAAAAGAGCUUACGCAAAAUGUUUGGGAACGGACGUGCUCGCUCGGGGGUCAUCGUUCUGCCCUGCGGUGAGACAGCAGCUUUGGAUGGACAAAACAAAAAAAAGUGUUUUUACAACACAAUCUUGAAAUGUGAAACGGUGAAAGUUACAUAAACUGUGUGUAUGAUGUAUGAUAUAAAAGGCUGAACUAAUAUUUACUCAGCCUGUGCCAAACAAAGGAUGCACUCAUGCACUUUAUUUACUUUCAAAUAAUUAGUAUCUGUCUCCUCUUUGUUUAUCAGGAGCUGGAAAGUCCCUCGUAGGUGUGACAGCGGCGUGCACUGUGCGAAAACGUUGCCUAGUGUUGGGUAACUCCUCCGUGUCAGUGGAGCAGUGGAAGGCUCAGUUCAAGAUGUGGUCCACGAUCGAUGACUCUCAGAUCUGUCGCUUCACAUCAGACGCCAAGGACAAGCCCAUCGGCUGCUCCGUGGCUAUCAGCACCUACUCCAUGCUGGGUCACACCACCAAGCGCUCCUGGGAGGCUGAGAGGGUGAUGGAGUGGAUGAGGAGCCAGGAGUGGGGACUUAUUAUCCUGGAUGAGGUGCACACUAUCCCAGGUGAGCAAGUAGAGUCCAUGUGUGAAUAAAGUGAAUAUUUUAAUGAAUGUAUCUGAUCGCUGUUAGAUGGAAACACUUGAUACGGAUACAGUCAAUCUACAAACUUAUAUUCUGUGCGUCUUCUAUAGCCAAGAUGUUCCGCCGUGUGCUGACCAUCGUCCAGGCACACUGUAAACUGGGGCUCACUGCCACGCUGGUCAGAGAAGAUGACAAGAUUGUGGAUCUAAACUUUCUGAUUGGACCGAAGCUUUUUGAGGCGAACUGGAUGGAGCUGCAGAACAAUGGCUACAUCGCUAAAGUGCAGUGUGCAGAAGUAAGUCUUUGUUGAUCUUUGUUUUGGGGUUUUUGCCAAGACUUGAUAGAUGCACAGUUUUAUAUUUUUUCUAAGGGGGGGAAGCACUUAUUUCAGCCUUCUGUGUUAUUAAGAGAGCCUGUUUCAUGCUGAUAAAGCCUCCUGGUUAUUGUCCCUUUCUAUAUAAUUCAGGUGUGGUGCCCAAUGUCUCCAGAGUUUUACAGAAAUUAUGUGGCCAUCAAGACAAAGAAGCGCAUCCUUUUUUAUACCAUGAACCCCAACAAGUUCCGUAUGUGCCAGUUUCUCAUUCGCUUCCACGAGCGGCGCAACGACAAGAUUAUUGUCUUUGCUGACAACGUGUUUGCCCUGAAGGAAUACGCCAUCCGCCUCAACAAGUAAGUUUUCUACAAAAAGAGCGACAGAUUGAGUUUUCCUUUCCAGUUAGGGUUUCCUCACGUCUACUUCUGCCCUCUCACUUUCUAAAACAGACCUUACAUCUACGGGCCAACCUCACAGGGGGAACGUAUGCAGAUUUUACAGAACUUCAAACACAACCCCAAGAUCAACACAAUUUUUAUCUCCAAGGUAAACCAAUCGUUUUUUUAACUAACUGCACUGUCUUCUGAAUAGACUGGCACGUUCAGCGACGUUUUUCACCAUGUGGCCAGUAGAGGGCACUCCAGUAUUUCUAUCACUAAAACUUCUAUCACAGAUUGGUGUGUUGAGAUAUGUAGAAACUCAAGGAUCAGGUAGAAUAGAGAGGUGAUAAAGCUGUCCCAAAAAUCAGUCUUAGUAAAAAUCACUAGCUUAAAAAACAAAAUUAAAAGGUAUAUUUCCCCCUUUUUACAGGGACAUUAUUGUUAUUUUUUCCCUUUCCUUUUAUAUACAGCACUUUGUGUUGCGUCAUCAUUGUAUGAAGGGUGCUUUAUAAAUAAAGUCUGAUAGAUUGAUUGAUAUACUGUAGCUAAAGUAUAGGUACUUGUGCUUUUGAAGUCACCAAGCUGUGAUUGAUAUAUUAACAGGUUCAAAGCAUUACAGAAGAGCUUCUUUAUCACUCCCAACCACUUCGAAAGUGUUUUAAAAGAUUUUUCAACACACCACACGUAGAAAAAGCUGUCACGACAACAAUCCUUCUGCCAAACAGGACAGAAGAGAGAGUUAAAGUCAGUGACAGCUAGGGGUGGAAGAAAAAAUCUACAGCAAAGUAUCGCGAUAUUUUGUCUGGUCAUAUAUCAUAUCGUCUCAUUUACCAAGUAUCGAUUUUUUAAAUUAAUUGCUAAUAUGAAGUCAAAUCUAUAAAAAUGUAAAAAUAAAAUCAACAAUUUGUUCUGUGAGGUUGGCAGAGGUGACAUCAUAGAGCAGGAGAAAGUUAGUACAACAAAUAUAUAUCUAAAGGUUUGCAAGAUGUGCUACAUGAAAAUGAAAUGCAGCGUAAUUAAGACAAACAUAAAGGAAAGCCAAAUGCUAAAUUAGCUAAACAGUUGAAAAGAUUGUUUAAAUCGCAAUAUAUUGUAUCGCAGUACUCACUGUAUUGUGUUGAAAAAAUUGUAGUAAUAUCGUAUUGUGGCUCAAGUAUCAUGAUAAUAUCUUAUCGUCGGACCACUAGUGAUUCCCACCCCUAGUGUCAGCUGGUGUCUGUGAAUUUAUUUCUGCACUGUCCACUUGGAGGUUUCAUACUAUAUCAGUUUAAUCAUUUUGAAAUCACUGAUUGCCUGAGUUUCAUUGUAGGGAAACAGACAAAGUGAAAUUUGGGCAGGAGUAAGGACAAGAAGUCUAAAGUUUAUCAGCAAAAUGUAUCAUCUGUGGCACAAAGUAGAGUCUCUGCUAACAGGGAAAAAUGUGGCUGCCUCAUAAGAACAGGUCAAACAUAGGACAAGGCAUUGAUAUGCUCUUCCCAGCUCAUCUCCUCUUUCAUUUAUAAAGAUGCACCGUUAUGAAGUGGUCGUCAGUGACAUCUCUUUGCAUUGGCAGUCUCUCCUCGUCUUCAUAUAUGCAUGUGUUCCUGCUGGAUUUGUCACAUUUUUCUUUGGCUGCCCUGACGUGUGUAUCAGUAUCUAAAUUUAUUCUCUGUUUUUGUGUAAAAAAAAUUUCAAUUUAAGGGUUUAAAUGAACUAAAUUAAUGUUAAAACCACAAAAUACAGCUUUUUAUUUGGACAGACUUUCUCAGCAACCUCAGUUUUGACUAACUUCCAACAACCAUGGGCAAACAAUUGGAUUACAAGCAGAUUAUUGUCUUAUUUUAAAUCCUGCGUGAUUUUAGGCAUUGUUUUUUACAGCUUUCCCUGUCUAAUACAAAUCCUCUAAACUCAGAUUACUGAAAUCAUUCCCCUGCAAACAAUGAUCUUAAUUUAAGCAGUGCCAGAGUCAGGAUAUCACCCAUCACCUCAGCUGCUCUUGGGGUGAAAAAUCUGUUGUUUACAAACUGAAAAAGCAUGUUGCAGUUUUCCUGCUAAGCUCGAUUAGGUUUUAAAAGACUACCAAUUUCCUUGAAAGACCUACUUUUCCCAUAACUGCUUAUUUGCUACAGUUCCUAGUAAGCUAGUUUGUGAAAAGAUCAGUGAAAGCAGUAAAAUGCUGGGGAAGCCUGGCAGGAGAGAAAGACCGUGACCUGAAACAUAACGCAAAAGCUGUGGAGGGAGGACUCCAAAAACAGCAAGGUGAAUGCCCUGAAGUGGCUGAGUCCUUAUCUCAACCUGAGUGUAAAUUUAUGACUACACUUUUAAAAGGGAACUGAGGAUGUCCUUGCAACCUGACCAAGCUGGAGCAGCUUUGCAUUAUAAAAUCUUUCUACUGGGGGCUGUGAGGUAGGACCCAUGUGUGUGCAUUUGUAAACAAUCCCCUCCGCCAAACAGGUUGGAGACACUUCAUUUGACUUGCCAGAAGCCAACGUUCUGAUCCAGAUCUCCUCUCAUGGAGGAUCACGCAGACAGGAGGCUCAGAGACUUGGCAGAGUCUUACGAGCCAAGAAAGGUGAGGAAACUCUUUGCCUUCUUAGUGUCACAUGCUGUUAUUAUUUUGUUGUUUUCUCCCAUCCGUGAACAGACAUUAUAUUUACUUCACUUCUCUGCUCUUUUAGGAAUGGUGGCUGAGGAGUACAACGCAUACUUCUAUUCACUGGUGUCGCAGGACACCCAGGAGAUGGCUUACUCCACCAAGAGGCAGAGGUUCCUGGUGGACCAGGGAUACAGCUUUAAGGUUUGUUUUACACACAUUUUCACAAUAAUUUCACAAAAAUUUAACCUGUUCAUACUGAAGAUUUUAUGUUUUUCCCUUUCCUCCUUUUUUUCCACAGGUGAUCACCAAGUUAGCAGGAAUGGAGGAAGAGGACUUGAUGUUUUCCUCCAGAGAUGAACAACAGGAGCUGCUGCAGAAGGUCAUGGCUGCCUCAGACCUGGAUGCUGAGGAGGAGGUGGUGGUAGGAGAGGUCGGAGGACGCCCACAGGUGAAGAUCAUGAAAUCCAACUUGGACUCAAACACUUUGUACCUCAUUGCCUUUGCAUACUUGUAAUCAGUGCAAUUUAUUCUUGCAUUUCCCUCAUUUUUGCCAACAGUUUUCCAGGCGACCAGGCACCAUGAGCUCCAUGUCGGGUGCAGACGACACCGUCUACAUGGAGUAUCAGAGUCGAGGAAGCAAAGCCUCUGCAAUGGGCAAGAAUGUUCAUCCACUGUUCAAGCGCUUCAGAAAGUAGAUGCACUGUCUUAAUCAUAGCCACUGAAAGGAAGCGUACAGGAAGGCAGAUUCAAAGAGUCCAGCUGGUCUGGAGAACUGAACAAUAACUUGUGAUCGUCUGAAGCUGAUGAUAUCUGGUAAUGAAAGAGUUUGUUUGUUGAGAGUGCAGCCUGUGAUGUCUGCACUGGACUCAACUGCUCUACUUCAUACCUUUGGUGAUGUUGGCCACAGUUUUCUCGGAUGAAAUGCGUUACAUUCUCUGUCUUAAAUGUCGGCCACUAUUUGCCGUGCUGUAGCCAUUAUGCAGCUCUGCAGUGGUUGCCUGUUUCAAGAUUGAAUUUGUGUAUAAAAUUUAAUCUGACCUUUCAGGCUUGACCGGAUGUUUGCAGUGGAUUUCAGCCUCUUAUGUUUGUAUAGGAAGUGAACUGAUGAGUAUCAGUAUUUAGUAGGUGAUAUUUGCCCCUUAUAACAUGGAUGGAACAACAUGUCUUAUCUGCUGUUUAUAGUUGAUUCACAGCCAACUAUUUCUGAGGAGGAAAACCCAGGAUGUGUUCUCCAUUUUUGCCCAGACAAAUGUUCAUAGAUAUGAGGAAAUUUUACCAUUAACAUCCACUGCAGACACUGGUCUUAGAUGAUUUUUCACUUCUUUUGUUCUGGUCCAUUUUUUUUCUUUCUUUCUUUCAAAUGUUGUUCAAUAUGUUGUGUUCAUGAAAUAACAGAUUUCCUAAAGUCUAAAUACCAGAAGCUCUACCUGUGUUUAUUUUUGUUUUUACAGGCCACAUGAUGAUGAUGAUGAUGAUGUUGAUGAUGAUGAAAUUCAUUUUAAUCAUUAGGAUGGAGCCCUAUCUAAAAAAAUAAAUAUCACUUAAAGCAGGAGAAUAAGGCAUGAUGUAUAACCAAUAAAUGUGUAACAGUGUAAAAGAAAGCAAGUUAUAGAUAAUAAACAGCAAAGGUUGGUGUAGACACAAUGAAUUAUCAUAAUUUGUCAGCAGCCUAAAACCAGAAAUGAGCAUUAACAUUUUGACAAAGUCUGCUGAUGUAUAAAAUAAAUAGUGCUGGUCUCAGGAAUCAUGCUUUUGAUAGAUUAUGGAAUAAGGGAGUUGAAACCAUAAGCCUCCUCCUGAACUCUCUGACAUCUUCACAGUUGAUUAUUUUCACUCCCACUAAAGGUGUUAUUGAAAAUCCCAGAUUGGCCGAACUAUCCCGUGAAUAACUGUAUCCAAAGUCUGGUCAACACGCUCGCUCCAUGAAGUUCUACUGCAGAUGUAGGAUAAUGGUUGCAAAGCCAAAGUUCAAUUUGCUGAGGUGAGUCAAUUUAAUGUACAGUUAAAAUCUAACCCGAUAUGACCCGUGGAUGAACUUCAAUCUGUAUAGUUAAACCCUGCACUUGUUGACAUUAUUAGACAUACAUAAUAGGUGUGGUGGCUAGUAAGGAUAACUGCCCUUUCUUUAAGUCAUUAAAUGGUGUUUCAUACCAAAGUAAGCCUGAUAUUUAACUUUUGUUCAUGAGUCCGUGCUCUUUCACUUUCCCUUAAAUGCCAGAGCUUCAAAGGUAGUAACCCACUGACACCGAAGUUAUCUCCGAUGCAAAGAAAGCAAC